AUGGCAGAAGAAUCUGGAACUGUCCAAAAAACUUGGACAAUCGUUAAGUUUAUAGACGAAGAUACUGUUGCUAUGGUUCCCACAAUCUGGUUAACUAACUCUGAAAAUGGCUGGAAUUGUUUAUGGCCUCCACUGCCGGCAUACAGGAUAUCAGUGGCUGUUAGGACCCACGAAAUGAAUACUUGUUGGCCAUCUUUUAAAGUUACCAUGUUUAGAAAUGCGACUUAUGAUGACUAUCAAAAAGCCAGAAAGGCAGUUUUAAAAGCCGAAGAUACCAGUGAUCUGAACACUGAUGUCGAGAUGACUGUGAGAAGAAAAAAAAUUAACAGGAUUUCAAGUGACUCCUCAGAAGAAAAUGAUGUUCUAGUGAAAAUCAGGACUCCCCCAAAAUUUACUGGGAAAUCAUUCAAAGCAAAUGAUAAAAAUGUUAAGAUGGUAAAACAAAAAUUGGUACUAAGUUCACAAUUAUCAUGUCACAAACAGAAUGCAAAGUUGUUGGAGCCAGGAACCUCAUCAGAAGGCAACAACCAAAAUCUUAGUAAGAAUGUUGAUCUCACUAAUUCUAAUCUAAAUGAUUCAUUGGGAUUCGAGAGACACGAUAACGGACAAGCAAAUGAAUCAGUUAACGCUUCUGCUCCUAAACAUGUGCAACCAAGUGUGCGACCUAGGACAAUUGCAAGUAAUAAUUCAAAUGAUCCAAAAUGUACAUGUUGUCCUGUCCAUGUUCACUAUAUAAAAGAAAUAUUGAGACAACUUACAUUUAUCAAGAGCCGCGUUGAUGAUAUUCCCAUUGAGCCAAUUUUGAAGAACCCUGUGUCUCUGCACGAGAAAUCACUCUUUGAAAACCCAGCAGUGAAUGAUGAAGCCCUCUCUGAAUUGAAUAAUGCGUUAAAGGAUACAAAUUUUUUUGAGAAAGCGGUUAAUGAGCUAUCUAGAUUAGGGGGGAGAAACAUCUAUGACUUCUGUGUUAGAUGUUUGAAGAAAGUCAUGACAGAUGAGCUAGCUAACCAAUAUAGUUGGUUAGGCAGAAGAAAUAAAAAGAACUUCAGUGUAAUGGAAGUCUCAAAGCUAAUAAUUGCUGCUGCUGAGGCUGGGGGCAAGGCAAAAAACAAGAAGGAGGUGGAAGAUGCGGUUUCUGGCUGGCUACGAAGGGCUAACGAUAGAAUAAAAUCGAAACGAUAA